CAGUGACACAGGGUCCCACACACACACACAGAGAGAGAGAGAGAGAGAGAGGGGCUGCCAUGGCGGGUGUCACCAUCAAGCACUGGGCGACUUGCCCUGUACGCUAUGGGUCCCAUUUUGAAGGGAGAGACCCAGACGAUCUCACGGAGGACCACAGACUGUUUGCCUUGCCGGGGCCGGCCUUCAAAGGAAUCAAGCCGAGGGCCGGAGCAGAGGCAUCGGCUGGCGACGGCAGCAGCCCCCACCGGCUGCCCGCGGAGCCUGCCUUUCAGGUGCUUCUGGACGUGACCCAAUUCAAGCCAGAGGACAUCAUGAUCCAGGUGUUUGAAGGCUGGCUGCUGAUCAAGGGGCAGCAUGGGAGCAGGAUGGACGAGCACGGCUUCAUCGCCCGCAGCUUCACGCGGAAGUACCCGCUGCCAGAGGGGCUUCAGGCGGCUGAGCUGAGAGCUCUGAUGUGUUAUGAUGGGAUUCUUGUGGUGGAGAGCAAAGAGCAAGAGCCGUGAAGUGAGAAAGGGAGUGACUGGAGAUAGUGGAUGUUAUAGCCUUUCACAUGUCUGUAUGGACAUUAUUAUCACAGUGUGGAUUACUGUGUGUGGGUGUGAGCAAGACAUAGUGAAUAAGGGGAAAGUGAAUUCUGAUUGCUGAUUUCUGUUUCAUUUCACCAGCAUUUCAUAUUUACAUCUUUAUAGGCCUAUAUAUUUUUGUUGUGAUUUUGUAAUGUUUAUUUUACAGGAAUUAACAACAGGUGGGAUAUCGAAUAAAUCAUUUCUGACUGUU